GUUGAAUUUGUUUUGAAUUAUUCCGUUUUUGUUUUGUUUAAAAUUACAUAAAUUUUACUUUUAUGAUAAAAGCAUUUCGAUAAAUAAAAAAACUUUUGUCAAAUGCGAAAAUCUUUAGCACCUAGUCAAAUAAGGGCCAAAGCCCCGGAAAGUUUAACUUUUGUGACGCCUUUUCAAAACAAAAGAAAAAGGGAACAAUUUUCAAAAUCACAAAAAAGAAGUUGCGUAGAAAAUCAAUCCUCACCCAUUUCAAUAAAAUAUACAAGUUCUGAAUAUGAGCAAUUAAUAGCUUCAAUAUUGAGUCGUGCAUUUAAAGUUCCUAUACCAAAUUAUGUUCCAGACUACAAUAGCAAUAAAUGCCUUGGUAUUAAGAGAACAUUUGUACGACGAGCACUUUAUGAUCCACAUGCUUGUAAUGCUCUAAUUUUAUAUGAACCACCCCUUAUUAAAGAACAUGAACGAUUAUCAAUGGACCCUAGUAAAAUUUUAGUUCAUGUAGUUGUAGAUCCAGUUUUAAGUAAUAUAUUGAGACCACAUCAAAGAGAAGGUGUGAAAUUUAUGUAUGAUUGUGUGACAGGUAAAAAAGGAAGUUUUUAUGGUUGCAUAAUGGCUGAUGAAAUGGGUUUAGGAAAAACGUUACAAUGUGUUACACUUGUUUGGACACUGUUAAGACAAAGUCCAGAAUGUAAACCAACUAUUAGUAAAGCAAUUAUUGUAUGUCCAAGUUCAUUAGUUAAAAAUUGGCAAAAAGAAUUUAAUAAAUGGUUAAAUGGUGCUGUAAACUGUUUGGUAAUCGAAAAUGGUUCUAAACAAGAAACUACAAAAAAAUUGGAUCAAUAUAUUUGUAAUAAAAGUCUGAGAUGUGGUACUCCAGUACUAAUAAUUAGUUAUGAAACAUUCCGAUUAUAUUCAGAAAUUUUGAAUAAAUCUGAAGUUGGAAUAGUUAUUUGCGAUGAGGGACAUCGAUUAAAAAAUAAUGAUAACUUAACUUAUCAAGCAUUAAUGGGUUUACAAACGAAAAAGCGUGUUUUACUUUCAGGCACCCCAAUUCAAAAUGAUUUAACAGAAUAUUUCAGUUUGAUAAAUUUCGUAAAUCCCGGUAUGUUAGGAACUACUAAUGAAUUUAAACGUAUGUAUGAGAAUCCAAUAUUGCGUGGACAAAAUUCCGAUUCUACUGAUAAAGAGAGAGAAAUUGCAAUUGAAAAAACCAAAAACUUAAUUGGAAUUGUUGAUCAAUGUAUUAUACGUAGAACAAAUCAAAUACUUACUAAAUAUUUACCAAUUAAAUUUGAAAUGGUAAUCUGUGUAAAAAUGUCGCCUUGUCAAAUUGAUUUAUAUAAAAAUUUUGUGGGAUCUGAUAAGGUUCGGAAAAAUAUUAGUUCUACUGACACAAGAACUCUUAGUGCAUUAAGUGAUAUUACAACACUGAAAAAACUGUGUAGUCAUCCUGAUUUGGUAUAUGAUAAAAUAUGCGCGAGAGAAACGGGUUUCGAAGACGCUCAGAAAUAUUUACCAGAAAACUAUGAUCCUAGAGAACUCAAUCCAGAAUUCAGUGGGAAGUUAAUGCUGUUAGAUAUUAUGUUAGCAGCUAUCAAAACUAACACAAAUGAUAAAAUUGUCCUCGUAUCAAAUUACACUCAAACAUUAGAUUUAUUUGAAAAAUUAUCACGGAAAAGAAAAUACAAAUAUGUAAGAUUAGAUGGUACAAUGACUAUUAAGAAACGUAGUAAGGUUGUGGAUCAAUUUAAUAAUCCAGAUUCAGACGAUUUUAUAUUUAUGUUAAGUUCAAAAGCUGGUGGCUGCGGUUUAAAUUUAAUUGGAGCAAAUCGACUUAUUAUGUUUGAUCCCGAUUGGAAUCCAGCGAAUGACGAACAAGCAAUGGCAAGAGUUUGGAGAGAUGGACAAACAAAACCAUGUUUUAUUUAUCGUUUUGUAGCUACGGGUACAAUAGAAGAGAAAAUAUUUCAGAGGCAGACCCAUAAGAAAUCUCUUUCAAGUACAAUUGUUGAUAACAAUGAAAAUUCGGAAAAACAUUUUUCGCGAGAUGAUCUAAAGGAUCUUUUUAAAUAUGAAGAUAGUACCAUCUCUGAUACACAUGACAAAUUUAAAUGUAAACGUUGUGUGAACGGAAUUCAAAUUAAACCACCACCGAAUGAUACCGAUUGCACUUCCCAUUUAUCACAAUGGUAUCAUACAUCAAAUAAUAAGGGUCUACCGGAUAGUAUAACUUCACAGGCUUGGAAUAGUAAAUGCAUAUCAUUUGUUUUUCAUCACCGUUCACAAGCUCAAGAAAUUAAAAAUGAAAAGAACUGCAAUAAUGAAUCUGAACAAGUACAAGAUGAAAAUGCCUUAGAAACUUCUGAAGAAGAUCUUAAAGGAUUUUAAAUAUUAUUCAUAAUCUGUAUAAAAUAGUAAAUCUAUAUUAUUUUAAAGUUUUUUGUAAGGAAAUUCAAAUAACAAAUAAGGAAAA